AUGGACACAACAGUAGACCCCGGAUCCGACUUCAGGGCCUACGCCAGGUUCGAGAACAAGGAUGAGUUCAUUGCGCUCCGAGACCAGAUUCUGGCACUGGACAUCUACACUGAGCCUUCCCAGGAGCAGGGAAGCGCAGAAUGGAAUGUCUACAAGAAAAUUAACUUGAUUUUCGAUUCUUACCAAGAACAAUCCUACCUGUGGGAUCCAUACCUCGAAUCUCUUGUCCUCCCGGUCGUAGAGAAGUUCAAAGCCCACGCCAAGCGGUUUGCGAGCGGAGAAGUCAAGACAGCUUCCUUCCUGAGGCUUCAAAUUUUCUCCGGGCUGCCGUACCUUUUUGUCAAGUUUCGCGGAUACAAGACAAUCACGAAGUUCUUCCCGCACGAGAUAGCGGAUCUCACAAUAGCUCUGGACUGCAUGACUAAUGCAGAAGACAUCGUGGACCAAAACUACAGCUGGUCUUUUCGUUACAUCCUACUUCUGUGGCUGUCAUUGGUCUGCAUGAUACCAUUUGACCUGGAGCAAUUUGACGAGGCCGGAAGUGAAGGUAAGACCGCGGUGAGGGUAGAGGCCGUAGGCAAGUCUUUCCUGGCCAAGGCAGGUCUCGAUCGUGAGGCUGCAGCACUCCUGCUCUCCAAGUUCUACAUGAGGAAAGAUACUGCGUCCAAGUUCCCUGACUUCCUGUCGUGGUCGAUCGAGACCGUUGGGAGCGUCGUGGACCCCUUCCCUGUGAUUGGACUACUCCGCGUCCUAUGUGAAGUCGCAAAGCUAGGUUCGACUGACCAGGUGCAGACAUGCAAGGAGAAGUUCCUGCAAGCUGCGUCCACGCUGCAAGGCAACACAAGUCUCAUGGGGAACACUCUCAUCCGUCAGCUUCGCAUUAAGCUAAUUGCAAGGGUUGUCAUACGCCUGCUCCCUGCAAGAACACGCCGGCUGCGUGCUAAAGGGCGCGCACUGGCGAUGGAAGGCGGUUUCGGAGCAGAAGCUGUCGCGAACGAUGACUAUUUCGACGUACCGGAAGAGAUCGAGUCAGUGCUCGAAGACCUCUUCAAGGCACUCCGCGACAAGGACACCGUUGUCCGAUACUCCGCGGCCAAAGGCGUCGCACGGGUAUCCGAACGCCUUCCCACCGAUUUCGCGGAGCAAGUGUUAGAUCAAGUCCUCCACCUGUUUUCGCUCCACUCCGCCGGUAUCGCCAGCAUAUACGACCUUCCCAGCAUCGCAGAAGCAACAUGGCAUGGAGCCUGCCUCGCCUGCGCCGAAAUGACACGCCGCGCGCUGAUCCCCGACGAACGUCUCUCGGAGCUAGUGCAGUGGCUGUACAAGGCGCUGCUAUUCGAUAUUCGGAAAGGUGCGCAUUCGAUCGGAUCGAAUGUGCGCGACGCGGCCUCCUAUGUGCUCUGGUCGCUCGCACGCGCGCAGGGCGUGGAUGGGCUGCGGCCUCAUGCAUUGGAGCUUGCAAGGAUUUUGGUCACCGUGUCAUGCUUUGACCGAGAGAUACCUAUUCGGAGGGCGGCUAGUGCUGCGUACCAAGAAUUCGUUGGCCGCACGAACCUGUUCCCCCACGGAAUCGAUGUAUUACGCAAAACGGACUUCUAUGCCGUAGGCGUCCGCAGAAAUGCGUUCACUGUAGCUGCACCUGAGGUUGCCGAGCACGAAGAAUACCGUGGCUGUCUCAUUGACCAUCUUCUUAAUGUAACCCUGAGGCACUGGGACCCUGCGAUGAGGGAGAUCGGUGCACAAUCCCUUCGAUACAUCUGCGAACUCGACCUCGCAGCUCUAGGUCCCGAGGCUGCAAAGCGUGCUGCUCAGCUGCUGACGAUUCCAGACGACGCCGAUGUCCAUGGCGGGUUGCUUGCGCUGACAGAAUUUGCAUUGGCCUUCCGUAACUCUCCGCAACAUGAGCAGCUUGAGCCGGAGCGUCGCAAGAUCUUCACAGCCUUAUCCACAGUACCCCUAACCACAAUUCAAUCUAGCCGCCAAGAGCUCAUCGCUGCCGCAGCCUGUAAUCUCAUCGCCUCCGGUAUCUCCUUCGCCGAGACGCAGCACGCGCAGGCCACAGUACCGCAUUGGCGUCAGGUCGUAGAUUCCGGACUGAAGAACAAGAGCGCUGCGGUGCAGGAAGCAGCGGCUUCUGCGCUCGCGGCCGUCAGCCGGCUUGUGGACUGCUCGGCGGUAGUGAACAGACUGAUCAGGGAGUUUGAGGGGAAGAUCCCGCCCAUGCAACAGAGUUUGGCCAGGGUCCUGGGCGUACUGGAUUACGCGACUUUCCCACAUGGAGUCCAGGACGCUGUGAGGUGCUUGUUGCGAAUGGUAGACCGAAAGAGCGGAAGUGGUAGUACGAACGUCGAGGCCCGGCGAAAUGCCUUCGACUCUAUGCCCCUGAUACUCAACAACAUUUCGGGGAAGCUGGAAGAGGAGCUCUCUCCGGAGCUUGUGAACGAACUCGAGGACGCACUCCUGGAUGGCCUGACCGAUUACACGAGCGACGAGAGAGGCGAUGUCGGCUCAUGGGUCCGCAUAUCAUGCGUGAAGGGGCUUACCUCUUUCGUCCAAACGCUAUUCUCGCGUGCAGGUUCCCUGCCGGACCUCGCAAGCUACUUACCCCCGGAGAAGUACCAUGACGCAGUCGGUGGAAUCCUCAAGCAAGCGGUGGAACGCUUGGACAACGUAAGGCAGAUCGCAGGAGAGAACUUCCUGACACUCCUGCUAUUGCCUCCUCCCGCAGUUCCAAAUCCGGCACCCUGGAAACUCCGGGGAGACGUGAGGAUGAAAGAGUUGUUCCUCAGCGAACAGGAGUCCGUCGGAUGGAACGUAGGCAGCUGGGUAUUCCCUCGGGCUGUGCAGCUUCUGGAUAUAGAGCGGUACCGUGAUCAGGUUCUGGCGGGGAUAGUGCUAAGCGCGAGCACGAAAACGGAUAGCACGCAACGGCCGGUAACCUCCGCAUUGGUCGCCUGGGCGCUGCAGAUUCCUGUAACUGCUUCUGAGCCUGACCGAUAUGAUCUCCGAGGGCUUGCACAGGAUCUACUGGGGCAAGCAUUGACGAAGGCCAGCUCAAACAAUGUGGUUGUGCCAGUGCUGCAAACGCUCAACGUACUCCUGGAAGCCGAUGUAUUCGAGAGAUUGCCGCAAGACCCGAGAGGAUUGACGACGCUACGCUCACUCCUGUCGCUUGUAACCAAGAAUGCCUCCAAGCUAAAGAACCCCCAGCGUAUCAAUGUGUCGAUGAGAUGUCUCAUCAAUCUCAUCCCGAUCCCUGAGCUACAGAAAGAUUGUAUACCACAGCUUUCGACUUACCUCGGACACCAAUAUCCACGAGUGAGAGCAGAUACCGCGGAGUACUUGUACACCGUGCUAUCGAGCAAAGAGACGGGGAUCCAAACGGAUGAAGUAGAAGAGAUACUUCUUGAGACAGAAUGGUCAUCCGCCAACUCCACGAUGGUGGAGGAAGCUGUUGGUCGCUGUAUUGGUUUAAUGUCUGCUUAAGAAGUCGCUUAGCAUGAUACGUAGGGAAAAGUUGCUCUGUAUUCAUACCUUCCAGAAUCAUGACCAUAGUUAGCUGCU